AUGUCUUUCCUUCAUAAUCAUUCUUGCGAGUGCGUUAAGUCAGAAUUGGAUUUGUUUGCACUACCGUCUACACAAACUAGCAUUGAAAAUGGAUUGUGGAUUCAUUAUAAACCAAUUUCAUCUCUUGGUGAUGAUGGACCUAUCGAGUUUCAAGUUCCUGGGACCGGCGAUGACUACAUAGAUUUGUCUCAUACAUUACUCCACAUAAAGGCAAAAGUAUUAAAUCAAGAUUCAACUAACUUGGUAUCUACUACAAUAGUAGCACCUGUAAAUAAUUGGCUGCAUUCACUUUUUAGUCAACUUGAUGUUUAUUUAAACCAAAAACUUGUAUCACCACCUAAUAAUACCUAUGCAUAUCGAGCAUACAUGGAAACCCUUUUAAACUAUGCCCCUGCUGCUAAACAAUCUCAUCUUACUUGUAGUCUUUGGUAUGAGGAUACAGCAGGAAAAAUGGAUUCUACAGAUGGUAAAAACAUAGGAUUUGUUAAAAGACAGGAAUUGAUUAGUGAAAGUAAGGAAAUAGAAAUGAUUGGUCAUCUUCACGGUGACAUUUUUAACCAAGAUAAAUUUUUAAUUAAUGGUGUUGAAAUGAGUGUUAAAUUGGUUCGAUCAAGAGAGAGUUUUAAUUUAAUUGUUGGGUCGAACGAUGUAAAGUUUAAAGUUUGCAUUACGGACGCAACUCUUAUUGUGCGACGAGCACGAAUUAAUUCAAGUGUAUUACUCGCACAUCAAAAAGUUUUAGCUUCUACCACUGCUAAAUAUCCUAUUACUCGAGCUGAAGUAAAAGUUUUAACAAUUCCUUCAGGUGUUCAAGGGAAAACUCUUGAUAAUAUAUUUUUAGGACAGGUACCGAAAAGAUGUAUAAUUGGAUUUGUGAACAAUUCUGCAUUUAAUGGUUCCCUUACUAAAAAUCCAUUUAACUUUGAAAACUAUGGUAUUAAUUCUUUCAGCUUAUAUAUUGAUGGUCAACAAAUACCUUCAAAAGCUUUGCAACCAUCUUUUAAUAAUAGCAUAUUUACAUCAGCAUAUCAUACUCUAUUCUCGGGAACUGGUAUUCACUUUCUUAAUGAAGGAAAUGGAAUCUCUUGUGAACAGUAUGGCAAAGGUUACUGUCUAUUAGCAUUUGACUUAACUCCUGAUUUAUCAGCUAACUCAUCAACUCAUUGGAAUCUCAUAAAGCAUGGUAGUGUAAGAAUAGAAGUACGAUUUGAAUCCUCAUUAAUACAAACAAUUAACUGUAUAGUUUAUGCUGAGUUUGAUAAUAUUAUUGAGAUAGAUAAAAACAGAAAUGUUACUGUAGACUAUAGUAGUUAA